AUGACUACGCCGACACCAAAGGCAGAACGCAACGAGCCUCAAGCCAUCAGUGGUGAUGAUGAAAAGACCGAAUCGCCUUCGAAUACACCGACCUUGAACGAAGCCACUCAAGAUGAGAAGCCCAAGAAAUCAGAAGAUGGUGAACUCACAACAGAGGAGGAGGAAACAGAAUGGAUAUCGGGAUGGAAGCUCGCAAGCAUGAUGAUAUCACUUACCCUUGCUGCCUUCUUGAUGCUGCUGGAUAUGUCUAUUAUCUCAACGGCUGUUCCGCGCAUAACAUCGGACUUUCAUUCUUUACCAGACAUAGGAUGGUAUGCCAGUGCAUACAAUCUUGCUAGUGCUGCCCUACAACCACUUACCGGCAAAAUAUACAUGUACUUCAACACAAGAUGGACUUUCUUAGCGUUGUUCUUCGUGUUUGAAGUUGGCAGUCUUAUUUGCGGCGUAGCCCAGUCGUCUGCUAUGUUGAUUAUCGGCCGAGCCGUUGCUGGUAUAGGCUCUUCUGGUAUUCAGAAUGGUGCUCUCACCAUGAUUGCGAAGGCGGUUCCCAUCCAUAGACGUCCGUCUCUUGUUGGUAUUAUCAUGGGGUUUGCUCAGCUGGGACUCAUCAGUGGCCCCUUGAUAGGAGGCGCUUUUACUCAGUAUACCACUUGGCGAUGGUGCUUUUAUAUCAACCUUCCAAUCGGCGCCAUCUGUGCAGUCCUGAUUCUGUUCGUUCAUAUGCCCGAUCAUCGAGCUAGUAGAAAUGAGACCGCCAUGCAGAUUCUGAAAACGAAACUCGACUUCACGGGCUUCAUCUUGUUCUGCCCUAGCAUAAUGAUGUUGCUGCUAGCGCUUCAAUGGGGUGGUCUCGAAUACCCUUGGGGCUCUGCAACUGUCAUUGGGCUCUUCUGUGGCGGUGGUGUUCUUUUCAUUAUCUUCAUAUAUUGGGAGCAUCGCGUUGGUUCUGAGGCCAUGAUUCCACUGCCAAUUGUGCGCACAAGGGAGGUCUGGGCUUCAUGCCUGUCACAGUCAUUCCUCUUUUCUACGGUGAUGGUGGCAUCGUACUACUUUCCUGUCUAUUUCCAGUCGGCUAAAGAUGCGUCACCUUUUACUAGUGGUGUCAAUCUUCUGCCCAGUAUUCUCAGUGUCAUCUUCGCAGCUGUCGCGAGUGGCGCUCUUGCUCAGAAGGUUGGCUACUAUCUUCCGUUUACCACGGCCAGUGCCAUUCUUUCUUCUAUUGGCUUUGGUCUAGCCUCUUCCAUGGGCCCUUACGCUUCUACGGCUACAUGGGCCGGUUAUCAGAUUCUGAUAGGUCUUGGUCGUGGCCUUGGUCUACAGAUGCCCAUUAUCGCUAUCCAGGCCAACACGAGCCCCGAUGUUACUCCUAUAGCUAUGGCGAUCUUGACUUUCUCUCAAACCUUUGGCAGUGCUAUCUUCAUCACUGCUGCUAAUGUCAUUUUCACUCAUGAGCUUCGCAAGGAGCUUGUCGCAAGACUUCCAGAUGUCAACGCUGACAUGAUCAUCGAUGCCGGUGCUGGAGCAUUUACCAAAACUGCGUUUUCUAAAUCCUUGAUUUAUUUACCGUCUCACUUUUGGACAGCAAGACAAUCCAUUUUUGUAUUAUCCAAAGGCUCAACAUCAUUCUUUGCAACGAUGAACCGGCCAAAUCGGCCUCGAAAUCGGCAACCUCGCCCCCCGCGUCAACAGCAGAAUAACCAACGAGGAGGCCCAUUACGGCCAUCUCGCGCACCUGCAACACCACAACAAGCAUCAGGCACAGUCCCAACAGUACAACAUGUCAUCCCUGGAGCUUCAGUAUUCAUCAUACUGAAAGAAGACCAACCUACAGGAGAAGAGACAAAAGGAAUAGUGCAGGAUAUCCUCACACGGGGCAAUCAUCCACGAGGAAUCAAAGUGCGACUACAAGAUGGUCAGGUUGGCCGAGUACAGAGAAUGGGCAACACUACUGCAGCGACGGGAGAGACGGGAAGUCAGGCGCAGUCAACAAGAUUUACUAUGCGAUAUACGGAUGUGAGGCGAGACGAUGAGUUUGCUACCGGACCACCACCGAGGAGUCUGGCGGAUUUCAUACCGGAUUUUGAUGAGGGUCUGGGGAGUGCGCCGAGUGCUGGUGUUGAGACGGCUAAGUGCCCGUUUUGCGAAGAGUUUGAAGGAGAUGAGGCGGCUGUCACACAUCAUAUUGAUCGGGAGCAUUUAUCGUAG